UCUGGAAAUAAUCUGGAGACUGAGAAAAUGCGUUUCGGCUCCAAACUCCAGAUCCAGAUUCUUUUUUCAACUUUUCGCUACCCCAUAUGUGUUUUUCGUUAAGAUGCAAAAAUUUUGUUGUCUUAAAUUUUAAAAGCCUAAUCAUAUCAACCUUACAAUUAAUCUUAUUUAACUUAUUGUGGGACUUUUUUGCCGUGCGAUUUUCAGUUAUAAAUAAUUAUUUUUAGCAUUUUAUAGAAGUAUUUACAUAUAAUUACUCUCCAAAUUACUCUAAUAAUAAACAAAAAUAAUUCCAAUGCGACGACCACAAACGCAGCAAACGUCUUCAACACAAAACAACAAAUCCUUGGAAAGAAAGGUUCAAAAAACUAUGGCAAACUUAAAAGCGUCAGAAAGUUUACUUCCAAAAUCGUUGUUGGAUCGUGAUUCGAAGCUUGUUCCAAACAACGUUGCUGCAAAAACGUUUAAGCAUGGGCGUACUCUUCAUAAUGUUCUCUGUUGCAAUGAUCUUUCUCCCAAAAAAGUCAAUAAAGUUCCGACAACCUCCUCAACUAGAGAUAGAGGACGUAUUCCAUUUUAUCGAAAUGUUAACCGCAGUGCUAAUAGUACUAACAAUUCUGUGAGUUUAUCAACAACAAAAAAUUCAUCUCAAGUAAAGGAAGCUACCACAAUUGGGCCUAAAAGGAAGAUUGAAUUUUCUAAAGCUCUGGACCCUCCUCUUAUGCAAAAUCCUCGUUUUGAUGAAAGUGGUUAUGCUAUUCCAAAUACUACCAAUUCAACACCAAAAAUUAAAAUAACGAGAGAUAUUAACAAACAAAAUAAUCAUUUAUUUGGAGAUUCUGAAUUUCUUAACAAUUCUGUACAAACAAUAAGUCCAAAUGUUUAUCGUGGAAGAGCCGCAGUAUCGACAGAUGGGGAUGAGAAUUUUGAAAGUGCUUUUGAGGAAUCUUUUGACACUGAAGAGCGUGAAAGGCGUGAACAAAUUGAUAAAUUAGAGAAGAUUAACAAAAAUAAAGACGAUAAAUUUUCUGACUUUUUUGAUGUAAAUAUUGAUAAAACAAUCGAAGCGGAAGAUGAUAAUUUCCCUAUAAAUCUACCUUCAAUUCCAACUGAAAUUCAACCAACAUUCAUUGCCGAUUUGGAUAAACAUGUUAAAGAAAUUAAAGAGGGACUUAAUUUUGUGUCAGAAAAGUUGGAUUCUGUUGUUGGGCAUAUGGAUAAAACUUUGGGGGAUUCGAAUAUUUAUGAAGAAAAUGGAAUGGCUAGUAAUAAAUUUGGACGUUUAUCUACUUCGUUUAAGUCAACUCAAACGCCUGAAUCAUGGAUAAACAAAAACAAUGAAGAGACAAGUCAAAAUAAAGGUUUUAAAUUUUAUUUAAAAUUUUAA